CUCUGUCUGUCUGCCAGGGUCUCCAGCUGCCCCAGACAGGCGGUGUGAUCUUGGGAUCCUCCUGGGUGACCUUUCCAGCCUAGGUCCCUUCAGCCACUCUACCCCAAGAUGGGUCGUGGGGCAGGCCGAGAGUACUCGCCUGCUGCCACCACAGCGGAGAAUGGGGGUGGCAAGAAGAAACAGAAAGAGAAGGAGCUGGAUGAGCUGAAGAAGGAGGUAGCUAUGGAUGAUCACAAGCUAUCCUUGGAUGAGCUGGGCCGCAAAUACCAAGUGGACUUGUCCAAGGGCCUCACCAACCAGCGGGCUCAAGACAUUCUGGCUCGGGAUGGGCCCAAUGCCCUCACUCCACCCCCCACGACUCCUGAGUGGGUGAAGUUCUGUCGUCAGCUUUUUGGGGGCUUCUCCAUCCUGCUAUGGAUUGGGGCUAUCCUCUGCUUCCUGGCCUAUGGCAUCCAGGCUGCCAUGGAGGACGAACCAUCCAACGAUAAUCUGUAUCUCGGUGUGGUGCUGGCAGCUGUCGUAAUCGUCACUGGCUGCUUCUCCUACUACCAGGAGGCCAAGAGCUCCAAGAUCAUGGAUUCUUUCAAGAACAUGGUGCCUCAGCAAGCUCUGGUUAUCCGAGAGGGAGAAAAGAUGCAGAUUAAUGCGGAGGAGGUGGUGGUAGGAGACCUGGUGGAAGUGAAGGGUGGAGACCGAGUCCCCGCUGACCUCCGGAUCAUCUCUUCCCACGGUUGUAAGGUGGACAACUCAUCCCUAACAGGAGAGUCGGAGCCCCAGACCCGCUCCCCUGAGUUCACUCAUGAGAACCCCCUGGAGACCCGCAAUAUCUGUUUCUUCUCUACCAACUGUGUGGAAGGCACUGCCAGGGGCAUUGUAAUUGCCACAGGUGACCGGACAGUGAUGGGCCGCAUAGCCACUCUGGCCUCUGGCCUGGAAGUGGGGCAGACACCCAUAGCCAUGGAGAUUGAACACUUCAUCCAGCUCAUCACAGGGGUGGCAGUGUUCCUGGGGGUCUCUUUCUUCGUGCUUUCCCUCAUCCUGGGCUACAGCUGGCUGGAGGCAGUCAUCUUCCUCAUCGGCAUCAUCGUAGCCAACGUACCUGAGGGGCUUCUGGCCACUGUCACUGUGUGCCUGACCCUGACAGCCAAGCGCAUGGCUCGGAAGAACUGCUUGGUGAAGAAUCUGGAGGCGGUGGAGACGCUGGGUUCCACAUCCACCAUCUGCUCAGAUAAGACGGGCACUCUCACCCAGAACCGCAUGACAGUGGCCCACAUGUGGUUUGACAACCAGAUCCACGAGGCUGACACCACUGAAGAUCAGUCUGGGGCCACUUUUGACAAACGGUCUCCCACGUGGACAGCCCUGUCUCGGAUUGCUGGUCUCUGUAAUCGUGCUGUCUUCAAGGCUGGGCAGGAGAACAUCUCUGUGUCUAAGCGGGACACAGCUGGUGACGCCUCUGAGUCAGCUCUGCUCAAGUGCAUUGAGUUGUCCUGUGGCUCUGUGAGGAAGAUGAGGGACAGGAAUCCCAAGGUGGCAGAGAUUCCUUUCAACUCUACCAACAAGUAUCAGCUGUCCAUCCAUGAGAGAGAAGACAGCCCCCAGAGCCAUGUGCUGGUGAUGAAAGGGGCCCCAGAGCGUAUCCUGGACCGGUGCUCCACCAUCCUGGUGCAAGGCAAAGAGAUCCCGCUGGACAAGGAGAUGCAAGAUGCCUUUCAAAAUGCCUACAUGGAGCUGGGAGGACUCGGGGAGCGUGUGCUAGGGUUCUGUCAACUGAACCUGCCUUCUGGAAAGUUUCCCCGGGGCUUCAAAUUCGACACAGAUGAACUGAACUUUCCCACAGAGAAGCUCUGCUUUGUGGGGCUCAUGUCUAUGAUUGACCCACCCCGGGCAGCUGUGCCAGAUGCCGUGGGCAAAUGCCGAAGUGCAGGAAUCAAGGUGAUCAUGGUGACCGGGGAUCACCCUAUCACAGCCAAGGCCAUUGCCAAAGGUGUGGGCAUCAUAUCAGAGGGUAAUGAGACUGUGGAGGACAUUGCAGCCCGGCUCAACAUUCCUGUGAGUCAAGUCAACCCCAGAGAAGCUAAGGCAUGUGUGGUACAUGGCUCAGACCUGAAGGACAUGACGUCAGAGCAACUGGACGAGAUCCUCAGGGACCACACAGAGAUCGUGUUCGCCCGGACCUCCCCUCAGCAGAAGCUCAUCAUUGUAGAGGGGUGCCAAAGGCAGGGAGCCAUUGUGGCAGUGACUGGUGAUGGGGUGAACGACUCCCCCGCACUGAAGAAGGCUGACAUCGGCAUUGCCAUGGGCAUCUCUGGUUCUGAUGUCUCUAAGCAGGCAGCUGACAUGAUCUUGCUUGACGAUAACUUUGCCUCCAUCGUGACAGGCGUGGAGGAGGGCCGCCUGAUCUUUGACAACUUGAAGAAGUCCAUCGCAUAUACCUUGACCAGCAACAUCCCUGAGAUCACCCCCUUCCUGCUGUUCAUCAUCGCCAACAUCCCCCUCCCUCUGGGCACUGUGACCAUCCUCUGCAUUGACCUGGGCACAGAUAUGGUUCCUGCCAUCUCAUUGGCCUAUGAAGCAGCUGAGAGUGACAUCAUGAAAAGGCAGCCACGAAACUCCCAGACAGACAAGCUGGUGAAUGAGCGGCUAAUCAGCAUGGCUUAUGGACAGAUAGGCAUGAUCCAGGCACUUGGAGGCUUCUUCACCUACUUUGUGAUCCUGGCAGAGAACGGUUUUCUACCAUCACGGCUCCUGGGAAUUCGCCUUGACUGGGAUGAUCGGACCACCAAUGACUUGGAGGAUAGCUAUGGGCAGGAGUGGACCUAUGAGCAGCGGAAGGUGGUGGAGUUCACAUGCCACACAGCCUUCUUUGCCAGCAUUGUGGUAGUGCAGUGGGCUGACCUCAUCAUCUGCAAGACCCGCCGCAACUCAGUCUUCCAGCAGGGCAUGAAGAACAAGAUCCUGAUUUUUGGGCUUCUAGAAGAGACGGCAUUGGCUGCCUUUCUGUCUUACUGCCCAGGCAUGGGAGUAGCCCUUCGCAUGUACCCACUCAAGGUCACUUGGUGGUUCUGUGCCUUCCCCUACAGUCUCCUCAUCUUCAUCUAUGACGAAGUCCGAAAGCUCAUCCUGCGGCGAUACCCCGGGGGCUGGGUGGAGAAGGAGACCUACUACUGAGCUCACUGGAAGAAGCAGGAAUGGGAGAGAUGGGCCCUCUGGAGGUGUUGCAGGGGUGGUGGAAGGAAGGGAUGAAAAAGAACUGGGGUGGUAUUUUGGAGGAGAAUUUAGGGAGGCAGAAUGAGGCCAUUGGAAGAACUAAAUAGCAGGUAAGUAAACUUCCUGCUCCAUAGGCCCAGCUGAAUGUUCAGGCACUGCAGUUAGGGCCUUCUCCCCAGACCCUCUUCCAUUCCACUCUACCAUGUUGUCUACUUUUCCUGAAGAGCUAAGGUUGCCCCAGCCUUCCCUAUACCCCAAUCCUUCACAUUCACUUCCUACUCAAACAGAUCGACAUCCAAAGGCUAAUCUGUCUAACCCUGGAGAAGGAAACCCUUUCACCAAGUGUCCCUUUAUGUGUCCAGCCUCAUUCCUUUACCCACUCUUCCUAUCCUUAGCUUCCUACCUGACUGAUCCUUUUCUUCCCCUUAGACCUUGAAAUCCCAAAAUUCUCCUUCUGCCUGAGGCCAGAAAGGGAGGUUGGUUGGAGAGGCUGGUUCUGUCCCCAGUCAAGGCCAGUUAGGAAAGAAGAACUAGGCAGGCGGGGGAAGGUUGGGGUAUGCUGGCUGAAGGAGGAGACAGCAAAGGAAGGAAAACAGGCAGUGACCAGAAGCUUGGUGUCCUGAGUCUCCAAGUGGGUGGGGUGGGCUCCAGCUCUGCGUCCCACCUUCAUAGACUAGCACACUAACAAACUAGACUAGCAGCAGAGGCAAGACCAGGAGACAUGUGUGCCACUUAGUGUGCCCCUGACCCCUGGCUAUGGUCUUCUCUGUCCACAAGACCCUCAUGUCACAGAAGCUACAGCGCCUCAAUCAUGUGCUCUUUGGAACACCCAACUCUUCAGGUGCUUCAUGCUGUUCUGAGCCCCCCAUCAGCUGCCUGUUCUCUCCCAACUCCAUGACUCCUUCCCCUCCGUGCCUAUCCAAACGAACCUGCAUCAUUUCCAGCAUUGUCAAGCUGGUCCUGAAAAAAGACCUUCUGGCCUUUGGCAGGAAUUGGGGUAGAGACGUUUCCAGAACAUUCCUACCUUUGAAGGACAUGAAGAAGCAGCUUAGGUCAUGACAUGGUCAGAACUUUUAGACACAAGGAAAAAUCUUAAGAGAACUGCCUUUGACCCCUCAAAUGGCAGGGCCACCCCUCCCAGGCAGGCGCUCACUUUCAGAGAAAGGAAGCUGGCUUCAGGUUCCCUAUGGAAUAUCGUUUUCUUUCCUUUCUCCCUUCUCACCUAAUAUUUUUGCUCUGUAGGCAACUCUGCCCAUUCUCUAAGCCUAGCUUAGAAAACACUGCAGAGAUGGACUUUGAUGAA